AUGGACAAGCUCUCCUCCCUCGCCAAAUUCAAGGCCUCGUGCCCCUACCUUGGACGCACCAAAACCUCGACUCUCCGCACCCUCUGCACCUCGGCCUCCCCUCGCUACCCUUCUCUCUCCAAACUCACUGAGAAGGCUGCGAAAUGCCCCAUCAUGGGCCCUGCCCUCCAGUUGCGUUCCUCCCAGAUGGUUGCAGGUUACGCCAGCGUUGCAGGCAAGACUGAGGUCGACGAAAUUCACCACCACCAGGGUGUGUUCCCCGUCCCUACCGGUGACAACAUCCAGAAGUGUCCCCACGCGUCCAAGGCAAUCGCUGCCGCCCGCAUGGCAGAGGACCUGACCAAACUCAAGGAGAAAAGCGCCGCGAAAGCUGCCCAGGGUUCCUCCACGUCCAAGGCUGCUACCGCUGGCUGCCCCUUCCACGCAGCCCAGGAGGGGAAAGACAAAAAGUCUGCUCCGACCGACCGCUACAACUACGAGAAAUUCUACAUGGACGAGUUGGAGAAGAAACACAAGGACGCGUCCUACCGUUACUUCAAUAACAUCAACCGGCUCGCGACCAAGUUCCCGAUCGCUCACACCGGGGAUCCUAAGGACGAAGUCGAAGUUUGGUGCGCCAACGACUACCUUGGAAUGGGCAAUAAUCCGGUCGUGCUCGAGACCAUGCAUCGUACCUUGAAUACCUAUGGUCAUGGCGCCGGUGGGACUCGUAACAUCGCUGGAAACACCGGGAUGCAUCUUGCGCUCGAGCAAGAGCUCGCCAACUUGCAUCGCAAGCCCGCAGCCCUCGUCUUUUCGUCAUGCUACGUGGCGAACGACGCGACGCUCGCGACCUUGGGGUCUAAGUUACCGGGAUGCGUCUAUUUCUCGGACAGCAUGAACCAUGCGUCUAUGAUCCAGGGGAUGAGGCACUCUAGUGCAAAGCGCGUCAUUUUCAAGCACAAUGACAUGGAGGAUCUCGAGAGCAAAUUGGCUCAGUACCCCAAGGAGACCCCGAAGAUCAUCGCGUUCGAGAGUGUCUACUCCAUGUGCGGGACCAUUGGUCCUAUCGCCCAGAUCUGCGAUUUAGCCGAGCAGUACGGCGCAUUGACCUUCCUCGACGAGGUCCAUGCUGUCGGUCUGUACGGGCCCCGCGGUGCUGGCGUCGCCGAGCAUCUCGAUUGGAACCUCCACAAGCGCGCCGCACAGAGUUCUGAGCCUAUCAAAGGCACGGUGAUGGAUCGCGUUGACAUCAUCACUGGCACCCUUGGCAAGGCUUACGGCGCUAUUGGCGGUUACAUCGCAGGUUCCACCGAUUUCGUCGACAUGAUUCGGUCGUAUGCUGCUGGCUUCAUCUUUACGACCUCACUUCCGCCGGUGAACGUGGCCGGUGCACGCGCCAGCAUCUCGUACCAAAAGGAGUAUCUCGGUGACCGUCAGCUUCAGCAGAUUAACGUGCGCGAGAUGAAGGCCCGCUUCGAGGCUAUCGACAUCCCUGUUGUUCCUGGUCCCUCGCACAUCCUCCCCGUUCUCGUCGGCGAUCCCGCUCUUGCCAAGCUCGCUUCGGACACACUCCUUUCGAGACACAACAUCUACGUGCAGUCGAUCAACUAUCCUACGGUUGCUCGUGGCGAUGAACGCCUACGCUUCACGGUCACCCCCGGACACAACCUCGACCAGAUUAUCCACGUCGUGAAGGCGGUCGACCAGACGUUUACGGAGCUUGGCUGCAAGCGCACGUCGGACUGGCGCGCUGAGGGCGGUCGCGCGAACGUGGGCAUGCCCAACGCGCAGCCGGUGCACCCGAUCUGGGAGGAGACGCACCUCGGUCUGUUGGACGGUACUGCGCCUCGCGUUCUGCGGGCCGGUGACAAGGGUGUUGUGGAUACUCGGGCUGUUAGGGUCACUCGUGAGAAAUUCAACGACCUCCUCGGUCCCUACGUGGAGCCUGGAGUAAACAGGGCGUCCGUGAUGGAGAAUUUGGCCGUUCCUGGUUUGACACUUCCGGUGGAGUCGUUGCAUGCACCCAUUCCUGUUGCAGUCGCUGCUUGA